AGAGGCGCCACCGUCACAUUUGCCGUCGGUCCCUGUCCCUCCGGUCGCUCCCGUGGAUUUUCGGAGGAGUUGAAACUUAUAAAGUGAACCAGCGACGUGCCAGGCAUAUGAUCGGGCUUCCUGCGCGUAAUGCUCGCCAAUUGUUUUGUUGUGCAUGUGUCUGGCCAAGUCUGCCUGCAUAACAGCUGCGAUACGAACGACCUGAUGCGAUAGCAGCGGUUUUGUUUGCGCGCUGCUGGCGCGUCGACUAAACCGGAUGGGGGUGGUAACGAACCCGCACUGCCUUCACUGCUGGCGUCAGAUAGCGAGAAUGUCGUCGACUCUUGCUGCCCCUCGGCAGUACUGCGUGUUUGUGUACGGCACCCUCAAGACUGGUGAGCCCAACUACGCAGUCAUGAGAAGUCAAGAGAACGGGCAUGCCGAGUUGAUUGGAAGGGGCAAGACAGUCAAGCGGUGGCCGCUCGUGAUUGGGUCAUCCUUCAACAUUCCGUAUUUACUGCCCUGUGAAGGCAGAGGACACAAUGUAAGUGGAGAAAUAUACAGUGUUGACGAAAAAAUGCUGCAUUUUCUGGACGAGUUUGAAGGUCAUCCACAGUACUACGUAAGGACAGAAGAAGAGGUACAAGGUGUGGACCUCUCAGGGAAUAGCAUACGUCGGACAGCCUGGAUUUACUUUCUCAAGAGCUACAAAGAGGAGCUUCUGAGCAAGCCGUACCUUGAAGACUACUCGUCGAAGGGUGACCACGGACUUGAAUAUGUGGAAAGGUACCUACGAAAAGUUAAAGAUCCCAAAAGUGCCCACCGAGAAGAAGUUCAGUGCACCACUUAUGGUGGAUGUACUUGAUUCCCAGUGAGAAGACAGCAACGCUGGAAGAUGCCUACCACUAACAUCAAGCAAUAAAGAUAGUUUCCGAGUUUA